CCACUAUCGCCAUCUCCAUAACCCGCCGUCAUGUCUGCCGCUAGAUCUCUCGCAUCGUGCAUCUUCUGCAAGAUCGUCAAGGGCGAUAUCCCAAGCUUCAAGCUCAUCGAAACGGAGCACUCGUUCUCGUUCCUUGACAUUGGUCCCCUUUCCAAGGGCCACGCGCUCAUCAUCCCCAAAGACCACACUGAGAAGAUGCAUGAGCUCCCUGACGAGUACCUCACCGACGUGCUCCCGAUCGCUAAGAAGAUCGCGAACGCGCAGGGUCUUGAGAACUACAACAUCCUCCAGAACAAUGGACGCAUUGCGCACCAGGAAGUCGACCACGUCCACUUUCACGUCAUCCCCAAGCCUCAGGCUAGCGACGAUGAGGGUCUUGUCGUCGGCUGGCCUGCCAAGCAACCGCCGAAGGCUGAUCUCGAGCAGUUGCAUAAGGACAUCAUCGGCAAGCUUUAGGUAGUUUAGUUGAACAUCUUCCCUUGGUACCGCCACGAUGACUAAAGCUAUGUGGCAUAUGAUUCUCCAUCAGUUCAGUUCGUCAGUGGUGCACUUCGUGCAAAGUUUGCUCACUAGUGAAACUGUGUCUGGCGGACCUCUCCGUUGCAUGCACGCACACUUCACCUGUGUUGUGUAUGAUAGUAUUUUCUGUGAAGUCGUAGAGACUCUCGCCUCUCUUACCUUAUAGUGCCUGUUGCAUCAGGCCAAUUUGUGAUCAAGUCGGUUGGUAAACACGUUCAUUCGGGAGAUUGCCUGUGCUAUUCAAGUAUAAUACAAGUAUUGAAACAUCAAUCCAUGUGUAUAGUACAUAAAAUCAGAGUAUAGAAAGACAUCAACC